AUGUUUAAUAAAGCACUCUUUUUUGUAAGUAAAUUUUAUCCGUGAAGCAUGAUAACUUCUAAACUUAAAUUAUCGACAAUCAGAUAAUUUUUUAGAUAAAUGUACUAGCUGCCAGUGUCUGUCAUGCUGGAUACGUUGAUAAUCUAUUCGCUGAGCUGCGUGUUGGUAGAGCAUUUUUUGUGUUUUAUUAGGGAGUUCAAAUAAUUCUGUGCUCCUAUUAAAGCAAAUUUUUGGGACGAAGGGGCACGUAGUUAUUUGAGCUAACUAACAAAUAUUUUUUUGUAUAAAAUUACUGUCAUUCAAAAUUUGCAUACAUUACUAUUGAAUGAGUUUUAUAGGUCAUCAAAUAGUGUUCAAAGUGAUUGUCGCUGACGUCGACUUUACUAUUGGAUUGAUUGAUGGGCAAGGAAACUAUAUUUUGCACUUGGACUUUUUGGUAGGAUUACUGUAACGCUGUAAUUAAUCUUUAAAUUUGAUUUGUUAACGUUUUUUAUCUUAUAUUAAACAAUAACCAUAACUUUUACAUUAUUUUUGUUAUGAAUUUUAGAACACAGUAAAACUUUUUGAAUCACAUUAAUAUAGAUUGGCGAGCACAUCAUCUUCAAUGAUUGUGAAGCUCCGUGCCAGCAGUUUGACGCCACAAGGCAGAUCACGUACAUUAAUGAGAUCAAGUACCUUUACCUUGUUGGUCUGAACAAAAUACGACUUUACUACAAAACUGAGUCAACGUUUGAAGUUUACAUUAACAACCGAAUGUUUACUGUACCUAACAGACUUCGUCCUGGACGAGAAGUGACAAAGUAUAAGCUCAGUGGCAGUUUAACUCAAUACGAAGAGAUGUGCAUGGAUGUAAGUGUUGAUAAGCGUAUAUAAGGGUUGCAGAGCUAUUUUUAUCAUAACAAUAUUGAUUUAGACUUUAAUUAUAACUGCUUCGGAUAAGGCAACAGAACAAGUCUACUUACCCGAGAAGCUGGAUCCAGGUAAGUUCAGCCACAACCAACCUUUACUUUAUAGGCAAGAAACUGUCAAUCAAAACGUUCAUCACCUCCCAUAUGUUUAGAAUGCAGUUAUCGGACGAUGAUGGCAAUAUUGUUUUCUGGUUCGACGUGGUAAUGUUACUGUUGAUUAACAAAAUUAAUAUUAUACGUUUUGUAGUUCCGUAAUCUCAUGACACUCAAUUAUUGUGUCGCGCCAUGUCACAAAGUUGAUCCGUCAACCAAGGUAAUACUAUACCGAGAUGUAGGCGAAAAGAUAAAGACUUUCGAAGAGAACAGGUUUGGGUUUUACUACGUGUCGCCUAGAAGACUGCUACUAACUAUCAACGAUGUCUGGAAGUUCUACUUGAACGUCAACAUUAAAGAAGGCAUCAAAAUGACAAAGUUUAAAAUAACCGGUUAUGCCAAUCUUCAAUAUGUUUGUAUGAACUUGAUCAACUAG